AUGCGAAGAAGGGUGGCAGUCGCCCUGGCUGCGGGACUCUUCUUGUUACAUGGCCCCGCUGUGGGAAGCCAGAGCAGCUACACAAGCUCGGCGCGAGCUGCGGUGUUUGCGCCAGGGCGCCUUCGAUCACACUUCUGUGGCGUAGCACCGCGCGCACGGGCGAUUGUCCCUCGAAGGGUCGCCACACUGGAGAACCCGUUCGAUGUCCUGGGCCUGUCGCAGGACUGCGACGAUGAGGAAAUCAAACCCGCAUUCCGCAAGCUGGCUCGGCAGCUGCAUCCAGAUGUGCCAGAGACGGGCAGCGAGGCCCGCUUCAAACGCCUCGUCUGGGCUUCCCGGGAACUCGCUAGCACAGCGGGCCGGCAGAAGUGGCGCGCACGAGGCAGCGGCGAAGUCGCCAUGUCGCUGGAAGAGUACGAGCUGGAGAUCGAGGACUUUGCCUUCGAUUUGAACGAUUGGCCUUUUGAAGAGCUCGACGACCUGCUCCGAAUAUCUGAGGAGGCCGUUGACACCGAGACAAUGACGGAUGUCCGCAGCUCGUGGUGCGACGAUGGCUUCGAGGUGGAGGACAAGACGACCAAAUCUGCAAGAACCAGUGCGUCGGACUUCGAAAUGAUAUACUUCCAGCGAGAUGAUUUCUGA